AUGAAAAGUGACAUCAGAAAGUGUUCGACUGGAUAACGGCAUCGAAUUGAACGCAGAAUCUUCCAUGACUCAAGUAGAUCUUUAGGCCCAGCAUUGUGUACAGGAUAGCUGAUGACCGUGCCCUUACCGUUGACACAUGGUUGUGACGGUUUACGAACAGUUUCCGAGAAUAGUGGAUUCGCCCAUGUGCGACGGAUUGCGUAG